AUGGAGCGCAUCACCGAGCCCGCCAUCAAACGGCCGCCGUCGCCGUCGCGCAUCGCAUUUCAGCACGCGUACAUUGCCUCACCUCAACAAGUCGACUCCAACCUGUUGAUACUGCUGCACGGUCUUGGAGACACGCAAGCGUCGUUUGUCGAUUUGGGCAAACAGCUGCAGCGAGCGCUGCCACAGUGCGCCGUCUUGGCACUGAGAGGUGCGAGGACGGUGCCGCUGCUGGGCGGAGGCAUGUGGUGGGAUGCUUGGGAUCCGCUUGGAGAGAUGCUUCCCGCAUCCGCUCAGAAUCCUUCCGCAUUCAUCGAAGACUGUCACACGCUUUUGGACGAGUUGAGGAUGUGCGGAUGGCAGAGCGAGCAUGUGCAUUUGCUUGGGUUUGGACAGGGAGCUACAGCUGCGCUAGAGGGCACGCACGCUUGGUGCAGAGCCAACAAGCGCUUGCUCGGCAGCGUCGUCGCAGUGUGUGGUGGCAUGUUGAGCGUGAGUGAGGGGGGCGGGGCGGGGCGGGGCGGUGCGGUGCGGCGCGAGAGCGCGGGGCAAAAGUUCGAGAUGUGCUGCAAGCCCUGCGAGCAUCCCUGUGCUGACACGUCUGGCCCCUCCCCCACCACACACACACCAGUUUCCUAAUCCUCCACCGCUCGACGUGCCAGUCCUGCACGUCCAUCCGCCCGCCGCAGCACAUCAACAAGCUCAGACGACGCUGCGACGCGCAUUUCAGCCACUCGUCGUCAUGCCCCUCUCAGACGACGCACGGGACAGGAUGCCUCGAGGCAAAGAGUGGGAGAUUGUGGUUCGAUUUUGGAGCGAAAAGGGCAGGUGGAGGAAUAGAGCAGCUUGGGAGCUCAAAGGGGAGGUCUACGCGGCGAGUGCGGCGGGCGCGCGGGCGUGACUAGGCCCGCACAUCC